AUGAAUCCUUCUAGUGUACUCAACUGCAGUGGAAUCGGAACUGUUACUAAAAUAAGUAUGAUUACGGCUCCUGUAACCGUCAAAUCUUCCGAAAUAUCAAGAGCCAGUCUGCACGUUGCUCUUCCUUGGUACACGCACGUGUACUCGAUUCCAUUUCUUUCGUUGUACCCUCUCCUAGCAUACGCUUACUAUGUUAAGUAUGAUGAUUGGUUGAAGAGUGAAGAGUGGACCUUCUUAGCCUGCGUAUCACUAGGAGCUGGUCACGCUCUCAGCUUCUUGGUUACACGAUGGAGUGCUGGCGCUAAAGCUUGGGUAACGACCCGCAAGGCUUAUUCUCUAGAAGAAGCCGACUGCAUACGCUUGGUACCUCACGUCCAUCGUGGUCAAGGCGACAUCGUGCCUCUCGACAAGAAAAUCCGUUCAGACCCCAGGUCCUACACUUUCAGCUAUCAGCGAGACACUUAUGUCAUUUCCACAACGUCGCCGAUAUCUUUCACUUUAUUACCUUAUCCUUCGACCCAUUGCCCACCUCUGUCGUCGUUCACUGCCCCGUCUGGUUUGCGCGCUUCAGAAAUUCCACCGCUAACAUCUUUAUACGGCAAGAAUGAAUUCAACAUCCCUAUUCCGUCCUUCUCAGAGCUGUUCGGUGAACACGCUACUGCACCAUUCUUCGUAUUCCAGAUCUUCUGCGUCGCACUAUGGUGUUUGGAUGAAUACUGGUAUUAUAGUCUGUUUACGCUGUUCAUGUUAGUCAUGUUCGAGUGUACCGUCGUCUGGCAGCGGGUGAAAACAUUGACCGAGUUCCGCACAAUGUCGGUUGCCCCGUAUGCUAUCCAGUGUCUUCGGAACUCCAAGUGGGUAACGAUCCAAAGCGAUGAACUUCUGCCGGGUGACGUAGUGUCCAUCGCUCGUCAGCAGUCGGAGACGACCGUUCCUGCAGACAUCCUACUCGUGCAAGGUACUUGCAUUGUUAACGAGGCCAUGCUUUCGGGCGAAUCAACGCCUUUACUUAAGGAGUCCAUUCAACUUCUGGAGAGCUCGGAUAAAAUGGACGUCGAUGGCGCGCAUAAGAACGCAGUCUUAUUUAGCGGCACCAAAGUUCUACAAGCCAGCCCUACAGUGUCCGCCAGCACCCCUGAUGGUGGUUGUCUUGGUGUCGUGUUGCGAACUGGAUUUGGUACCGCUCAAGGGCAGCUUGUCAGGACGAUGAUUUUCUCUACUGAGCGUGUGUCUGCCAACAAUCUGGAAUCGUUCUUGUUUAUUGGAUUUUUACUUAUAUUUGCCAUUGCGGCAAGUUGGUAUGUUUGGGUUAAAGGAAUCGAAAGGGACUUGAAGAAAUCCAAGCUUCUUCUUGAUUGCGUUCUCAUUAUUACAAGUGUCGUUCCUCCCGAACUGCCCAUGGAAUUAUCCUUAGCAGUCAAUGCCUCGUUGGUUGCUUUGUCCAAGUUUGCGAUCUUCUGUACUGAGCCGUUCCGCAUUCCAUUUGCUGGAAGGGUUGAUGUGUGUUGCUUCGACAAGACCGGUACGAUCACCGCCGAAAACCUAGUCCUUGAGGGUAUCGCUGGCAUCGAUGCCUCUGAUAAACGCAAAUUGGUUGACGUCAAAGACUCGAGUAAGCAGACAACACUUUGUCUUGCUGCUGCACAUGCGUUGGUCCGCCUGGACGACGGCACUGUUGUAGGGGACCCCAUGGAAAAAACCACUUUGGAAGCACUGGACUGGAAAUUGACUAAAGGUGACCAAAUUGCACCAAGUUCAUCGUCGGCACCCAAUGCUGCCAAGAUUUACAUUCGUCGUCGCUUCCAAUUUUCUUCUGCGUUGAAGCGCAUGUCUACUAUCUCAACUUUACCUAGUGGAAAGUGUCUCGUUGCUGUUAAAGGUGCUCCUGAGACUAUCAAGGGCAUGUUAGCGGAAAUCCCAGAAUGGUAUGAUGAAACAUAUAAGUGGUAUACAAGGCGAGGAAGUCGCGUAUUGGCUCUAGGUACCAAAGAACUAGACAGCAUGGGGAUUGAAAAGAUCAACAAAGUUCUUCGUGAAGAUAUCGAGAGUAGACUGAACUUUGCUGGCUUUUUAGUAUUCCACUGUCCUCUCAAACCAGACGCAGUGGAAUCGUUGAAAAUGCUGGCCGACUCGUCUCACCGUUGCAUCAUGAUCACUGGCGACAACCCUCUGACUGCCGUACAUGUUGCACGUGAUGUGGAGAUCGUUGAUCGGGAUGCUUUGAUCUUGGACUUGAGAGAGAAUCCUGCGCAUGAAGCUGACUUGACAUGGCGCAACGUGGACGAAACGAAAAUCAUUCCUGUCGACCCUUCAGAGCCUUUGGACAAAUCUCUGCUUGAACAAUACGAUAUAUGUGUUACGGGAGCUGCCAUGAAGCAAUUUGUGUCUCGUCCUAGCUGGAACGACCUCGUGCAACACACAUGGGUUUACGCUCGUGUUUCUCCUUCCCAAAAGGAGUUCAUUCUCACUAGCUUUAAAACUCUUGGAUACACUACUCUUAUGGCUGGAGAUGGUACAAACGAUGUCGGUGCACUAAAGCAAGCCCAUAUUGGUGUUGCCUUACUCGAUGGGACACCCGAAGAUCUGCAGAAGAUUGCUGAACACCAGAGAAUCGAGCGCAUCAAAAAGGUAUACGAAAGUCAACUGAAGAUUUCAGCUCGGUUCGGUCAAGUUCCACCUGCGGUGCCGCCUGCUAUCGCACACCUGUAUCCGGACGUAGUUGAAGCACAGAAGAAAGCGGUUGAGGAUCUGCAAGUGGCAAGGAAAAAGAACCCUAUGGAGAAGUUUGACCUCAACUCUAUCACCGAUAAGUUGGCGGAUAUGGAGGGUGACGAUGAAACUCCUCAGAUUAAACUUGGAGAUGCAUCUUGUGCGGCACCUUUCACGUCCAAGCUAUCUCAUGUUGCUGCCAUAACGCAUAUUAUCAGGCAAGGCCGCUGCACACUUGUGGCUACUAUUCAAAUGUAUAAGAUUCUCGCAUUAAAUUGCUUGAUCACUGCAUACAGUCUGAGCGUACAGUAUCUUGACGGUAUCAAGUUUGGUGAUUAUCAGGUGACAGUGACGGGUAUGUUGAUGUCCGUUUGUUUCUUAUGUAUCUCUCGCGCCAAGCCUGUUGAAAAGCUGUCUCGCGAACGACCCUUGGGCAAUAUCUUCAACUUAUAUGUCCUCCUCUCUGUCUUGCUGCAGUUCGCCCUUCAUAUCGUUUCCCUUGUCUACAUCACCAACCUGUCUCACACGCUUGAACCGCCUGGUAUCAUUGACCUUGAAGCAAAAUUCGAACCUAGUUUACUGAAUACUGCUAUUUAUCUUUUGGGCCUUUCCCAACAGGUUUCAACUUUUGCCAUUAACUUCCAGGGUCGGCCAUUCCGUGAGGGAAUUCGAGAAAAUUCGACCUUGUGGUGGGGUCUUGUCCUGGCUGGUGGUGUCGCAUUCUCUGGUGCUACCGAUUUUAUGCCUGAAUUAAACCGGUGGCUACAAAUAGUAGAAAUGGAAGGAUCGUUCAAGUUCAGGUUAACGAGUAUCAUGAUAGCGGACUUUGUUGGCUGCUGGUUGAUUGAGAUCACCUGCAAGAAGCUUUUCGCAGAUCUUGAACCCAAAGAAAUGAUCACUCGAGGUCGCGAACGGAGAGAACAGAGACGGCGGGAGCAAGCGCAAGCUCAUUUAUUGGCAGAGGCGACUGCAGUGAACGAGAAGAAGAUUCAAUAGUCGGUGAUACUACAAUGUCUGGCUUUAUCAAUAUUAUAGAUUUUCCUUAUUACUCUAAAGUAGAGAAUGAUUUGAGUAUGCAAGACAUCAAUAGCCUCCUUUCACGGGCUAAAAUAC